AUGACUUCUUUGCUCGGUCUCGUUGCGAGAUUUUCUCGCCCUACUUUACGUACUCUCCGGCCAAUAGUCUUUUCUCUAACCUCGCAAAAAAGAAACAAAGAAGCUGAGCUCUUUUCUACUCCUCGGGCAUCCAAGUUCCUGAAAAAAGAUAUGGAAGCACUGAGGGUGAGUUACAUGCCUGCCUCAGAUGAGAACGAUGUAAUACCUAAUUUAUCAGUCACCAACUCUACGGAUCAGUAUGCUGUUCCUCAUAUUAGUCGUAAAACGCUUAAAGAUCCAGAUUUUAAAGUCGACGGAUUUAUAUGCAUUACGGAUCCUACAGUUCGAACGUUUUUUGACAAAUUGCAUGACGCCGUAUUCAAUGGUCUCCAGGUGGUAGGCACAGACGAAACUUUUACUGAUACCCUUGUUGACGAUCUGCUUCGUAUUGCUGAGCUGAAUGAAAAUCAUCCACCAUGCAAACUAUACAUAAAUAAUGAACCUGUCGUGUCAGCCGUCCCCGAAUUCGUAGUUAGGAAGCAAAACUAUGCUAUUAUUGGAGUAGAAGAUAAACAUCUGAAAAAUGUCGGACCAAACACAGGGUUUGGGGAAACACAGAUCGCUGCAGAUAUUAUCGCCUGUGGGUAUGAAAAUAUGCGUUUAAUUGAUUAUGAAUAUAAAGAACAGACUAUAUUCGCCAUUCGUGUCAUUUCUACGUAUGUCACAUUUUAUAAAACUGAGAUUCCUGCGAUAUAUUGGAAGGAGCUUGAAGAAGGUCUACCGAAAGUACAGUCAAUUGAAAUUCGAAGAUGGCCAGCUAAGAAUAGUUUGAGGAGUGGUUUCGAUUUAGCCGAACCUAGUGGAAGAGAAACUGUGCUGAAAUCAUUAUUAAAAAUCCGUCAAUUUCUUGUGCCGAAGUAA